GUGGGGAGCUUGGCGUGGCUGCGAGAUACCAGGGACAGUGCAGAUGACCAGACAGCGGCAAAUUGAGACCUACGCCAAGGGUGAUGGAGAAGCCUGUGACGCGCCGCUCACCGAAACCGCGGGCUGCGAAAACCGAGACGACUUGAAGUGGUGCCGAAGCCCAGGAUCAUCCCAAGGAUCGAGGAAAUCAUAG